AUGCUGCUACUGGGCUCGUUGUGGUGUGUUGUGUUCCUAUGGCCCUGUGACUCUGAGGCUACUACUAGAGACUACUAUGAGGUGCUGGGUGUUCCACAGUCUGCUACUGACCGGCAGGUCAAGAAGACCUUCCAUAAACUGGCCAUGACAUACCACCCAGACAGGAACAAAAGUCCCAAUGCAGAGAAGAUUUUCAGGGAGAUAGCUGAAGCAUACGAGGUGCUCUCAAACGAGGAGAAACGGAUGCGGUAUGACCAGAUGGGUCAUGAGGCCUUCCAGACUGAGGGGGAGGAUGGGGGUAAAGAGGACUGGGCCGGGGAUGGAGGGGGCCAGGGCUCCUUCUACUUUAACCUGGAGGAGCUGUUCCAGGGCCUGAAUAUGGACGAGGACCCCUUUCUGGGGGAUGUGGGGGACUCCUGGAGCUUCCAGUUGGGGGGAGAGGAUGAGGAUGACCUCCAUGAGUAUCAGGCCUUCCUGGGUAGCAGCUUCUUUGACCUCUCGGGGGAUCCCUCUAGCCAGAUGGGGCUGGGGGACCACGAGGGGGUUUGGGGAGCAAGAGGGACAGCAGUUCUGCUGGAAGAAAACACAUACAGACAGCAGUGUUGAGGAAGUGUGUGAGGGGGCAUGAUCUAUCUAUGUUUUCAUGGGCUCAUAUAAUGUUUUCAGUCAGAUGGGUUGAAUGUGCAAUAAAGUCACAGUGCCCUUACAUUGA